GGGGGGUCGUCGUCGGAUCGGUGUUACUACGUGCGUCGAUCGCCGGUCUCCCUGCACCCGAUGAAGGCUGUCCGUGGUCGGCCGGCGCGCUCACGUUAAAUGAGGAAUGCGGCUCCGUUGUUCCCGCUGCUGCUGCUGCUGACGGUGCUGUGGAGGAUCGCCGCCCCGCUGCUGCUGUACGCUCUGCACGCGCCGCUGCUGCUGAGACUAGCCACGGCCACGCUGCUGCUACCGGUCCAUGGCGCCGACGAAGCGCAGCCACUGGGUGCACAAUGCUCCGGGGCGUUCGAGUGCCAGAACCCGGAAAUGGUGCAUUGCAUGGAUGGAAUCUGCGCCUGCCGCUACGGACACCACAGCCCGUACCUCUGCAAGGAAGGUGGGCGCAACCGAUGGAUGGGACUGAUCACUCUCGAGGAUGAGGGGGCGGCCAUAAGCAAACCUCUCAUCGUGUUCGGCCCUGGUCCCUCCCCAGAUAAACACAUCGUCUACGUACACGCGUACGCCGGGAAGGCCAUCACAAACCUCUUAAGGGUUUUUGAAACACUUCGCUAG